UUGUAUGGGUCAUGUGUCCCUGAGUGCAGUUGUGGUCAUGGUUAAAUGUAUCUGUCCCCUGGCUUCUCCAGGAUGGGGAAAGGGAUCAGUGUCAUCAAACAGAUGACCUGUCAGGGAUGGUCCAGUUUCCAGGUAAGAGGAGGCACUGAAACCAAGAAAGUGUGAUCUUCUUGCUGGAAGGGCUCGGGGGUAGACAGCUUGGUCCCUUAGGGGUGUCUGGCCUGGAGGACCACGUCAGAAAUGUGGUGUCCUCACCAGGGAGUGGGGGGCAGAUUAGCUCCCGGGUAAACAUUAAUGGGGUGGUGCUUAUAGUGGGUCAUGUGUGAGCAAAGCUGGAUCUUUGACCUGAAGCUGCUCCCGUGGGUUCAAGGCACUACCAGGCUCUUAUACAGCCUCCUAAUCACUUCUCAGAGGGUGCCUUGGGGCCAAGAGGCUGCUCAGGUAGGAGCCUUAGGGAGUAGGACUUGGGGCUUGGCUGGGGCAGCAGGUGGAUGUAUUAGAGAGGGUGGGAUGGCAUUCUCUCACGGGAUACCAGGGUUUAUCCUUUCAUCCCUAGCUACCCUAGUAGUUAAUGGCAGGAAAGAACUACAAGGGAGAAGAAAAGUGGCCAAAAAGGAGAGGAGAGCAGGACACAUGCACCUCCAUCUCUUCUCAUAUCACCUGAAAACGAGGAGAGUGACAGAGGGGGUAUACCCCCCUCUUGCCUUGUAAAAUCUCAGAAUCAGGCAAGAGGGAGCUGCUGACUGUGACACGACAUGACAUGAUGUCUGUGCUUGUGGGUGAAUUGUGAGGAGGAAAUGGGAGGAGGACCUGGGUUGUGAUGGGCUUAAAUAUCCAGGGGAGGUGGAAACAUGUGGAGGCAACCUGGUCCACUGUAAAAGAACACUGGAUGUGAGGUUGGAAGACCUGCGAUUGAAUCCCACUUCUAAUACUUACGACUUGUGUGAUUUUGGACAAGUCCCUUUUAUCUGUAAAUGAGAGAAUUGGGCUGGGAGGCUUCUGAGGUCCCUUCCAACUCCAUAUCUCUGAUCUUAAGAAUCUUCUGGAGGUAUGGAGGGAAGCAGUUGCUUCCAAAUAAAAGCUAAAAAUCAGGCUAUGGGAAAGCCAAGGUUAAGAUUAAAGAUGAACAGUAUGGCUUUUGCGGGGCACUAAGUGUGGAGAAAUUAGGACCUUGGCUUUCCAACAAAUGAGUAGGAGCGCUGAUCUCUAGGCUCUUGGUGUCUUCCCCGUAUCAUUCUCUAGUUCUAACCUAUAUCUCUUAUUGAGCAUACGAUCCAGGAAUUGUAAUAGUAAAUUGUCACUCUAGUCAUUUCAAAUGCCAAAGUCUAAUCCAAAACCAUCUACAGUGUCUUUAAUGACACGAGAUAGGAAGGGUCACUGAGUUCUCCACUCAGGGCCAGAUUCUGAUGUUACCUUCCCACUUUGCCCUCCUUGCCCUCUUCUCCACCCUAACCCUUGUCCCAACCCGAAGAUAGCUUGAUCUGAUUGUGUACAUCCUGGAAGAAUUGGCAGGAACAGUUUAAAUAAAGGGACUUCUGGAUGGGCCCAGACCUUAGGAGGACAGAGGGACAGAUGAGACCAUGGGUUACCUGAAGCCUCUGAAUUUGCCUCUUGUAAUAGAGCAUCAUCACUUCUACUGUGGGUGCAGAUUCUGGCUUGGAAGGAUAUAUUUGUAACAGACAGGUGGGAGAAAAACACAGACCUGAAGCCAAAGAAGUUAUCUUCUGUGGAGCCAGCCUGAGACCUGGCCCUACACUGACCCCUGCCCAUGUCUCACUCUCAGCCUGGCCACAAGGCCCCGACCACAGUCGCUAUCGGCCUUGAGGGACAGAGAACUGGAGAUGCAGGGAUGGAAGAAUUCAGAACUCAGGUCCCUGAAUGGACCCCAGAAUUGGAGGAAGAAGGGGUAGCGGACCCUUGGGCCCUCCCACAGCUGAAAGCAUCUGGCCCAUCAUGGAAAGAGCUGAACUGGAAAGAUCGGCUACGCCAUGUGGUCAUUGGUGUCCUGAAGGGUUUUGCCCUUCUUGGCCUCCUCUACCUCUUCAUUUGUUCCCUGGAUAUUCUCAGCUCUGCCUUCCAGCUACUGAGCAGCAAAGUAACUGGGGACAUCUUCAAGGACAACGUAGUUCUGUCCAACCCUGUGGCUGGACUGGUCAUCGGCGUCUUGGUCACUGUCCUGGUGCAGAGUUCCAGUACCUCUUCCUCCAUCGUGGUCAGCAUGGUGGCCUCAAACUUGCUGACUGUUAAAGCUUCGGUUCCGAUCAUCAUGGGAGUCAAUGUGGGCACAUCUAUCACCAGCACCUUAGUCUCCAUGGCCCAAUCGGGUGCCAGAGAUGAAUUCCGGAGAGCCUUUGGUGGCUCUGCUGUCCAUGGCAUUUUUAAUUGGAUGACAGUUCUGGUGCUGUUGCCCCUGGAAGUUGCAGCCAGAGCUCUGGAGAAACUCAGUGGCCUGGUGGUGGGAGCCUUUACGCUCAGCCCUGGGCAACGGGCACCCGACAUCCUGAAGGUGCUAACCCAGCCCCUCACCCAUCUCAUUGUGCAGUUGGACCCUAAAGUUAUCUCAGAAAGUGCCACAGGAAAUGUGACCAACAGCAUCAUCAAGCGAUGGUGUGUCACCAGGGACGAGGUGAAUGUGGAGACCAUACCAGUGAAGAACAUGAGUGAAUGCAUCAUGCAGUCCUGCUUCCCUUGUGGAGUCCAGCUUUGCCUAGAGAAGAACAUCACAAGCACGGUCUACGUGGAACGCUGUCACCACAUUUUUGUGGGAUCGUCCCUCACUGACCUGGCCAUUGGCUUCAUCCUCCUGGCUGGCUCUCUACUUGUCCUCUGCAGUGGCCUGGUCCUCAUCGUUCGCCUCCUCAAUUCCGUCCUUCAGGGUCAGAUUGCCCAGGUCAUUCGAAAGGUCAUCAAUGCUGAAUUCCCUUUCCCCUUUGGAUGGCUCAGCGGCUACUUGGCCAUUGUGGUUGGUGCUGUUAUGACCUUCGUGGUCCAGAGUAGCAGCGUAUUCACUGCUGCUAUCAUUCCCCUGAUAGGAGUUGGAGUGAUCAGCAUGGAGCGGGCGUACCCCCUCCUCCUGGGUUCCAACAUCGGUACAACGACCACCGCCUUGCUAGCUGCACUAGCCAGCCCUGCUGACCAGCUGCUCAGUGCUGUCCAGGUCUCCCUCAUCCACCUGUUCUUUAACAUAGCUGGCAUUUUGCUAUGGUACCUAGUGCCUGCCCUCCGCCUGCCCAUCCCUCUGGCCAAGAAGUUUGGGAAUGUGACUGCCCAUUACCGCUGGGUGGCCGGUGUCUACCUGCUCUUCAGCUUCUUCCUGAUACCCCUGGCGGUCUUCGGGCUAUCCAUGGCAGGAACUGUUGUGCUAGCCGCUGUGGGAGGGCCCCUGCUCGGGCUCCUAGCCUUGGUCAUCCUUAUCAAUGUGAUGCAGCGGCGUUGCCCCGCCUGGCUCCCCCGCUGCCUCCGGUCCUGGGACUUUCUCCCAAUUUGGCUCCACUCGCUUCAGCCCUGGGACCAAGUCAUCACAAGCUGCUGCAAGUGCUGUCCCCAGGCCCAUGACCCACCUGCGGACACCACAGUCAAGGAAGCCUACUGCUACGAGAAUCCUGUUGUCCUGGACACCCACAGGCUGUGAAAAUCCAGCUUCUUAUUAUCCCUGGUCACCGGGCCUGAGAGAAGGGUGAAAGGACAUGGAGAAGUGUCAGGCUCACGGGUGUGGGUCCUCUCAGGGAGGGCAACAAUUGUGCACAGAUUCAUACAAAAGACUGGAGAGGUGAGCCCUGGGUAGAUCCAGGGAAGGCUUCUAGGACACUGCCGUGUCAUAUUUACACCCCACAUGCUCCCAUCUACAGCAAACCUAUCCUCAAAUUCCCUUUUAUUCUUACAGAAUAAAUGGAGCUCUAUAUCAUACCCUC